CCCCCCGAGUCCAGCCUGUGACUCCUGAUCCUGCGAAGCCUCCUCCCUGGAGAAGUGGCCUCCCUGACCUCCUUGCCUUCGUGACCCUUGAACUCAGUCCGUUCUAGCUUCCCUCCCGGAGGUUCCCAUUCUUUCCGGCUUCUCCUUCCCUCCAAGGAGCAGGUCCGUCUGUCCGCUCCCGCCUGUCCCCUGACGUUUCUGCUCUUCUUGUGCCCGGCUUCGUCUCUCCGUUUGGAAACGAAGCUUGCUUACUCAACUGGUCUGCCGAGGUUCCCCCCCGGUUUUCAAAGGAGGGCACCGGCUAUGCCCCCUGGCUGGGGGAAGUGGGGGGUCUAAAACGCUCACUAGGGACCCUGGGGGGAGGGAGGAGGGGGGUCUCCGGUGGUGGUGGUGGCCUGCUGUUCACAGAUCAAUUGGUGUGAGCCCCAACCUCUCUGCGGCCUGGAAGAUCGAAACCCCCCCUACACUCUCCAACUGUGUCUCGGGAUGGCAGCGAUGCCCAGAUGGAUGCUCAUAGAGUGCUAGGGACGUCAGGCAAGUGGCACAGGAGCAGAAGUUGUGGCCUGUCUCUUGCGGAGCAAAUUAGGUUCCAUUCAGACUGGAUAUGCAGGAUUCAUUGUCUUAAGCAAUUGGUUAAAAAACUUGAUUUGCUUUAACCCAGAGAGCCCUUUUGGCUAUCAUUAGCUUGACUUAUUUCAAAGCCAUCCAUAGGAAGUUUGGAGUACAGUACAAAUCGACUCUCCCCCAUUGUACACGCUUCGAUCAGCACCAUGUCGACGUCUUCACUGCGCCGUCAGGUGAAAAAUAUUGUACAUAAUUACUCUGAAGCCGAAAUCAAGGUUCGCGAGGCUACAUCAAAUGACCCUUGGGGCCCAUCUAGUUCUCUCAUGUCUGAAAUUGCUGAUCUCACCUACAAUGUGGUAGCCUUCUCAGAAAUCAUGAGCAUGAUCUGGAAGCGUCUCAACGAUCAUGGGAAAAAUUGGCGUCAUGUCUACAAGGCGAUGACACUUAUGGAGUACCUAAUAAAGACAGGUUCAGAGCGGGUUGCCCAGCAGUGUAAGGAAAAUAUAUAUGCCAUCCAGACAUUAAAAGAUUUUCAGUACGUUGACCGGGAUGGCAAAGAUCAAGGGGUCAACGUGCGGGAGAAGGCCAAGCAGCUGGUGGCCCUCCUUAAAGACGAUGAGCGUCUCAAAGAAGAGCGGGCCCACGCCCUCAAAACUAAGGAGAAGCUGGCCCAGACUGCAACUGCUUCUUCUGCUUCAUCGUCUUUGGCAAAUGCCCCAGUAGAAGCAGAGCAAGCAUGGCCCCAAAGCAGUGGGGAAGAAGAGCUGCAGCUGCAGCUGGCACUGGCCAUGAGUAAAGAGGAAGCGGAGCAGGUAAGCGCCAAGCCCCCUGCAGUGGCCGACGAAGACCUACAGCUCCAGCUAGCCCUUAGCUUGAGCAAAGAGGAGCACGACAAGGAAGAGCGGAUCCGGCGUGGGGAUGACCUUCGCCUCCAGAUGGCCAUUGAAGAGAGCAAGAAGGAGACGGUGCCUGCCAAGGAGGAGUCAUCCCUGAUGGACCUUGCUGAUGUCUUCACUGCUCCACCACCCGCUGACCCGUGGGCCACUCAGCCUCCUCCUGCUGACCCUUGGGGCAACGCUGCCACGGUUGUGCCCACAGCUCGUACGGACCCAUGGGGACCCCCUGCUGCUGGAGCAGCCCCUACAGGAGACCCUUGGGGAGCUUCCGUAGCACCUCCUGUACCCCCCUCAGACCCUUGGGGAGCCCCGCCAGUUGUCAGCGCUGACCCCUGGAAGGCCGAAGGUGGGGCUUCCGUGGGGCCUACCACAGCAACACCCACAGACCCAUGGUCCUCCAGCAUGGCUCCCACAUCCCAAGGGCAGCCUGCUCCUGAUCCUUGGGCUCCAGCGUCCACUUUUUCAGAUCCCUGGGGGGGCUCCCCUUCUAAGCCUAGCACCAACGGCAUGGCAGGUAAGGCUAAUCCUUCUGCCCCAUCCUUCCUCUUGUGCCCUGUUCCUCUCCCAGCUGCCAGAGGCUUUGAGCAGUUUGAUGACAGGGACAGGGAUGAAUUCUCUGAUUUUGACAGCCUGCGCCCAGCACUGCCCAAAUCUGGAAGCAGCACAGGUGAACUGUCCCUCUUAGCAGGGGAGGUCCCUGUUUCUCAGGCUGGCAGCGGCAAGGACAGCCCCUGCGCUUUUGAUAUGGCUGCCAUGGUUGGGUCACUGCCAGAGACCUGCAAGCCAAUGCGUAAAACCCCCGAGUCGUUCCUGGGUCCCAACGCAGCCCUCGUUGAUCUGGACUCUCUGGUCAGCAAACCUGCUGCUCCAUCCAGCAGCACCAAGGCUUCAAACCCUUUCCUCGCCCCUGGUUCAGCUCCCGCCCCAUCUGCCUCGGCCACCAAUCCAUUCCAGGCAGCGGCAGCCACCCCGCUGUCACUCAAUCAGCUGCGUGUCAGUCCAGUACUUCCGUUGUCCCAGCCAGCACCACCAGCGUUUCCUGCCACGGCUCCAAUGGUCUCCGUAUCCCCCAUGGCUCCCGGGAUGCCCUUAACCUCUGUUUCCCCCAUGAUGGCGGUGCAGCCCUUGGGAGCUGUUCCACCUCUGGGGCUGCCUGCCAUGGGGCUGCCCCCUCAGAGCCUGCCCCCUGCCGGCGUUGUUCCCAGCAGCACUUCGGCCUCCACCCUGGGGAGCACCAACCCCUUUUUGCUAUAACAGGGAGACCUUUGGCCUGGUGUUGACCACCCAAACAUCCCCUUUUGCCCUGUGUUCCCCAUUGGCAGUGGGGGCCCUCCUACAGCAGCCACCAAGCAGGGGCAACUGGAUUGGGGUGGGAGGGAGGUGGAAGGGAGGGACUCAAGCCCUUGCAGGCCCUCCACCCACCAUGUUGGGAGGUCAGGAGAGACUUUCUGCACAUUGAUUUCCCCUUUCUCCCCAGGCCUGCUCUGCGGGGACCUGGGAGGAUCUGUUUGUACUACCAAAGUUGAGGGAGCCGCAGUGGCUACACCCAGUGACUAAUUCAAUGGGGAGGAAUCUAGUCACAAAAGCAGAACUGGGGGAAGGGGGCUUCCUUAAAAAUGAUGUUUGAAUCCUCUCCCACUAUUUUUUUUGGGGGGGAGGGAGUACCUAUCUGGGAGGUAAUGCCAGAUUUGGAAUAUUGAUAUUCCUUUUUUUUUUGUUUUUUUGUUCAUCAAUCUCUGUCUUCUCCGUUGUGGAAGGCUAGAAGAAAGGGAAAUUGCUAACUUCCUACCUCUGUGAUGCUCCAGAUGAAAUUAUUUGGGGAAAGGAAGACAUAACCUUUAAAAAAAAUUUUUUUUUUCUUAGAUACUCCCUUCCCUUCCCUUUUGAAUGUUUGUUGCAUCUUUUUCAACCUCCCUUUCUCCCCACAGCCCCUUAGCUGGGACCACUUUCUCUGGGUUUGGGGGGAUUUCCUCCCCCCUGAGGAAGUAGGAGGUGGUGUGGGGGGGAGGCAUAAUAGGAACAAUUGACACCUUAGAAUACAUCUCCCUCUGUUCUUAGGGUCAAGGGGGAUGCCACUAACUUUAAUGCCAGAGACCAAAACUAGGUCAUAAUCCUAGGCCACUCGACCCCUCGUGCACCCACUUUCUGCAAAGGAUACGGACCCCCGGAAGAAUAUCCUUUUGCAAGAAAUGCAGGAUCUUGCCAACGCAUUGAGUGGGUCAACGGUGGGGAGGACCUUGAAACACUCCACGCAACCUACUGUGAAGGGAAAACCAGGCGUUCUGAGAUGCUAGAAAGGCUUUAAAGGCAAAACUCCCACCCUGGACCACGACUAGACUUUCUUGGCCCGUGUCCUGGAAGGCCUGAAGGACGGAAGCCCCUGCUGCGUUUUGGAUCAGCAGGACCUAAAAUUCUCCGUCCUGGUCUUGCAGGCCACGGCCAACUCAACCGAGGAGACGAAGAAACCUACCGAAAACUGUGCGGCUUGGUGGCCAGCAGAGUUGAGCAGCUCCUCCUGCCUCCGGCCCAGUGACCUUCCAGGCACGGCCUGCGUGGCAGCCUCCUUCCGUGUCUUUGAGGGUUGGACGCCCUGUGUGGCCCACCAGGAAAAUGCCACUUCUCAGAUGCCCAGCCAGAGAACAGGCCUGUGCUUCAACCAGCGCGACUCUGAAAGAGCCUCAGAUCUUCUUGGGACUGGUGUGGGGAGCAGAGGGAGGGACAGGAGAUGUUGGGUGGUCACUUUUUACCCCUUCUACAGCAGCAGCAGCAGCUUGGUGGGGGGAAGGGAGUCAUGGCUGUGUGUGUUUGUGAGUGUGUGCGUAUGUGUAUGUGUUGCUGCUUUUCUAAAUUCUUUGAUGCUGGGGAGGGGCACUCGUUAGCACCCAGGACAAUCUGUUUGGCCUUUAUUUUCUCCCCCCCCUCCAAAUAAAUUCUUGGAAUGCGUUUCCUAUGCCUUCCUCAGCCACCCCACCCCACCCAUCAUGCUGGGGUUGAUUUCUCCCCCUCCCAUAUCGGUAUAUUUGAAUCAUUGUGUCAUUUAUUGGGGGUGGGGAGUGAUUUAGCUGUGUGUGACCCUCCCCCUUGGCUGAGUCCCCCUGCCUCCAUUUCCCCCUCCCAGGUUUCUAACCGAUUCUGGUAUGCUUCAGAAAAAAAAAUGCUAUUACUGAAAUGUAAUAAAUGGAAAUUCUUCUAUGGCACCCAAA